ACUGCCGUUCGGUAUACACAUUCUUUUAACUUUUACCCUAGACCACAAUACACACGAGGAUACACACCAUAACAUGUGGGCGCGUUACCAUAAUCGAUAAUAAUGAUUAUACGAGGAAGGCGAGGAAUGGCUCAUCGUGAUUUCUGCUGGUCAACAAAUUAUGCAGUCUUCUUGUGUGGAACAUAGGGAGAGGCGUUCUCCAGAGGGAUGCAGCCACAUUGUAGAAGGUUCUGGGCCCGACACCCCUCAUUCCUGACCCCCCGGGCCAUCGCUCUGUGGGUGGUGCUGGGCGCGGGGCUGCUCUACUAUUCCUUAACAUCCCUGUAUGAUUUCCUGUACCCUACACGGAAUCGGUCCAUGGUGCUGGUGGUGGCGUACAUGCGCAGUGGCUCCAGUUUAGUGGGGGACAUUCUGCAACAUCAUCAGUCUAGUUUCUACGUGUUCGAGCCCCUCCGGUCAGCUACGGAACUCGCCUACAGCAACCAGUCCAUAACAUUCUAUAACAGUUCCGUCAGAAAAUAUACGUCACCGGAAGAGAUAACUCAACUCCACGCUGAGCUGCUCUAUAAUUGGUUUACGUGCAACUUCUCCGACCUUGACCUUGGUUCUCUGACGUCAGACUACCUCAGAUUUUACAGCGCAUCGACACUUCCAUAUCAUAAUUGUCUGCGGCGGUACGGAGGUGACGUCAGUUCCGUGAAGUAUUGCCUUGGUUACAUACAAUCCUACUGUGAUCACAAGGAACUUAGAACUAUAAAAACGAUCCGUCUCAACUUGAAGACAGUUGACAUUCUCCUUAAGUGGUUACCAAGGUUACGAGUGAUUCAUCUUAUAAGGGAUCCACGUGCAAUAAUUCAUUCGAGAGUCCGCGUUAAACUUUUGACAUGGGAAAAGAUUCAACAAGAAGCCAUCGACCUUUGUGCCAAAAUAUCCACAGAUAUUCCAUUGUCCAUGGAAUUAAAACAAAAAUAUCCAGAAAGGUUUAAGAUACUUUUGUAUGAGAAUCUGGCAGAACGUCCAGAGGAGGUGUCACACAGGAUGUAUACCUUUGCGGGUAUAGAGAUUAAGGCUUACGUUGUAGGGUAUGUACGGUACCUGACUUUAUACGGACGGGGCGUAGACUGUUUCUGGUGUACACAGAGGGGUAACUCCAAACGGACAUCCUUACUAUGGCGGAUAUACACAUUGUACGCACAUGUCCGGGCUAUUGAUGAAGUCUGUGGUAGGGUAUAUCACAUGACUGGGUAUCAACCAAUCACUAACGAAACCACGCAGCUUCGAAACCUAUCGCACCCGCUAAGGAAAACUGUCAGAUUCACGGGUGACUCACUUUAACUGUAUUUAUUAAAGUUAAUUGUUAUUUUGGUGAGUUUAUUAUCGUUAGUUGAAAACUUUAUAUAACUCAUUAUUUCUUACACUCAGCAGUGUGACUCUCGGAACACCCGGAAGUGACAAAAUCAAAAACCAUCAUGUGUGGUAAUUUGUUGUAACAAAUUAAUGAAUUAUUUUGUUCAUCAUUUAAAAAAUAAAUGUUAAGAUAUCUUAUUUGGUA